CGAUUGCGCAGAUGCAACUCGUUAACCCUGCUAUGCGAUUAUCAUUCAUCUAGCAUCCCUUGCUACGCACCGAAACUCCACAGAUCGUGCUCCACGAUAGCAGUUUUCCACGUAAAUGUUCCGUCGACAUCACAAGAAUCAGGGUUACGGCGCGCAAUCAGGUUCUACCAAAAACUCGGGCGACGACCACGGCUUCACCUCGAACCUUCGCGAUCUUGGUAUACUUGGCUCUCGCUCCUCGAAAUCCAUCGCCUCCCGCCCUGAAACUGGCUCAGCAUCUCAGCAGUUCUCUGAUGUGCCUACCUUUCCAGAAAAAGGUCGAUCAAUCAAAGCGGGAUCUAUUAGGACCUACUACGGCCAGGGAUCUAACUCGUCCGCUGCCUCAGUAAGAUCGGGACUCAGCAACGUCUCGCGCCGAAUCGGUGGCAUAGAUAACAACGUCAUGGCGACCAACACAGAUAGAAGCCGCUCUCGAAGAGAGCGGACUUUCGUGGGUAGCGAGUGCGCUGUGUGCGAGGAGCCCCUCGAGCACACUCUCCGUGGAGAGCGAAUCCUUCAGUUUUCAUGUUCCCAUGUUUCUCAUGAGGCAUGCUUUUACGAGUUCAUUCGCGAAUUCGAAUCACAAUAUUGCCCGACAUGCGACGCGCCACUUCACCUGGAUACCAGCCGAGGCGGUAAUGUAAUCGAUAUUGAAAAAAUUAGUAACAUCGUGCGCUCUGUCGGUAAUGACUCGCGAGCAGCCUUUGACUCUCGACCGGCCUUUGACUCUAGAGCCGCCUUAUCCCCGACGCCUACUGCAACACCGUGGGACAACCAGACUGUGCGCCCGCCCAGUCUUGAGAGCAACCAGAGGCGGCUCAUGCAACAACAGUCUUCCAGCGCUAGCGGCCGAGAGAGUGCCACGCGAGGCAUGAGAGAUAGUCGAGAAGCGCCCCUGUCAGAGCGGUAUGGGACUUCACGCCACGCCCGGAGCGACAGUGAGGCUACCGGAGUAGCAUCGUCAGGAGGAUAUCCCGAGACGACUCAGAGUGGGCCUCAUCGCCGCCAUGACUACGAUGUCCAGGCUAUGGAGACGACACCUGCAAGCCCACGCCCGAUUACUCGCAAUCCCAUUCCGGCUCCGAUCGUCACUGUCCGCUCAGAAUUCCCAACUAUGAACCGAUCGCGACAACAGCAAACCCUCACUUGCCUAGUUACCGUUGAGGUACCCGAUAACAAGUGGCGGCCGGAUCCCGAAGAUUUGGGUGUCCCCGCACCGCAGCCCACUGCUAGCAACCACCGCAUUGACGCAGCUUUUGGUGGACGCCCGCCAUCUCCUGCCAGAAGCGCGCCACGAUUCUACCCCUAUGAGUCGGCAGAGGUUUUGGAGGAGAUGACGGAGAGCCUACGCAAUCGCGUGGAUAAUUGGCAUGGCCUAGACUUUAGCCGAUUCGGAAAAUUGAGGCUCUAUGGCACCCUAAGGGUCGGGAAGGAUAAAGUAUCUUGGCAGGAGCUGGAAUGCUUUCUGUUCGCCGAGAUGCUUAUUUGCGUUAAGGAGAAGAAGCUCCCGCCACAGCUGGCGCAACAAUGGGAUGACAAUGGUGCGCCCCGUAAGACGACACGAUGCACGCUGAAGGGCUCAAUUCUCAUCAAGAAACACCUGAAUGAGGUGGCAGAGACUGGUACCAUCGACGAGAACGUCCUAACACUCAGCCUCUCGGUUGCCGAGUUGCCCCAGUUCCACCUCCGAUUUGAGAACCGAAAUCAGCUCAAGUUGUGGCAGCAGGCUUUGGUGGAUCUGAACGCCGUCGAAACAUCUCCUAUGCGGAGCCCUGAAUAUGAUCGUGAAGAGGUAUCGGAGACUGACGAAGAACUUGAAUGGCAACGAUCAGCAUCACGCCCCCAGAGGGUCUCUUCAGUCACCUCCUCGUGGGGUGGUGCCCGGUCAGCUACAACGGCUCCUACCGAGUACACCAACUUCCCCAAGAGCCCGGUGCUGAACUCUAUCCAUGUCCCCAUCGACGUUGUCAUCGUGGUUCCCAUCUCCUCAUCUAUGCAGGGAGUUAAAAUCAACCUUGUCCGCGAUGCCUUGAAAUUCAUGGUCAACACCCUUGGCGAGCGUGAUCGCAUGGGUCUGGUUACCUUUGGAUCGGGAGGUGGUGGUGUCCCGAUCGUCGGCAUGACCACCAAGGCUUGGCCAGGCUGGAGCAAUGUCUUGUCCUCUAUCAAGCCUGUUGGCCAGAAGAGCCAUCGCGCCGACGUGGUUGAGGGCGCUAACGUUGCUAUGGAUCUGCUCAUGCAACGGAAGCACAACAACCCCAUUGCGUCCAUCAUGCUGAUCAGCGAUGCAUCCACUUCCGAUGCCGAUAGCGUGGAUUUCGUCGUCUCGAGAGCUGAAGCUGCCAAGAUUACCAUCCACUCUUUCGGGCUUGGCAUGACCCAUAAGCCUGAUACCAUGAUCGAGCUUUCCACGAGGACCAAGGCCUCGUACACCUACGUUAAGGACUGGAUGAUGCUCCGAGAAUGUCUUGCAGGCUGUCUUGGUAGCAUGCAGACCCUAUCGCAUCAGAACGUCAAGCUCAAGCUCAAGCUUCCCGAGGGCUCGCCGGCCAAGUUCCACAAAAUCAGCGGCGCACUGCAGAUCACGAAGCGAGCCACUGGACGAGAUGCGGAGGCGUCUCUUGGCGACCUCCGGUUCGGCGACAAGCGUGACAUUCUCGUCCAAUUGGUUAUUCUCCCCGACAACGCGUCUCAGGAGCAACUCCCUCAAGACCCGUGGGACAACAUCGUUUCGGGUCUCGAGGCCCUCGGCGGGUCGAUGGAUACCGAUGGUGAGAGAACGCUCUCGGUUGAGGAGGUUCCUUUGAUCCAGGCCGAUCUCAACUGGGGCGACAUCCUGCGUGAUGGCACCGUCACCCACAUGCCUCGACCAUCUCUGUUGGCCAUCACUAUGCUGCCAGCUACCUCGAAUUCGAAGAAGCCGUGGCAGAACUCGCCGCCCAUUCCGCCUCACCCCAGCAUCGUCCAGCGUCGCAUGGAAUUGCUUACCUCUGAUAUGCUUACUCGAGCCCUGACUCUGGUGAGCCGCGGUCAGCACGAUCGUGCACACACUCUUCUGAACGAGACUCGCUCGAUUCUGAAGGGUCUCGGAAAGGGUGGCCUCCCCCCAAUCCCUCCCAUGAAUAACAGGUCGACACCUUCGACGCCUCACCCUGCAAACGAUAGCCACUCUGGCUUAUCGACCACCCCCGAUCGCAAGAACAGCCCCUCGCCGCCAGCCUCGGCAACAUCUUCUGGUGCCAACGGCUUCCCAACUUCGUCGCAGAUUGCCCGCAGCCGCUCCAACGAUGGCUUGGGCCUUGGCGCUGGUAUUGACGUGACCACCGUCAAUGCCUUGGACCUGGAACUUGAGAGUAGUCUGGAGUGGAUUAACCACCCCGCCGUCUUCAGCCGGGACAGCCGGAAGGCAGUUUUGCAGGCGAUUGGCGUCAUCAGCUCACAGCGCGCCUUCACCUUCCGAACCCCCAUUGAGGGUCUUUGGUCUGCCCGUGUCGGCGGUGUCAGACGCCUCACCGAGAAGAGCCGUGAAUGGCGUGAGGAUGGCGGCGGCGAAGUUGGCAUUAUGGAGGAGGCGUAAUCGUUUUCUCCUCUUGAGACUGGUUUUCUCCAGCAUCUUUAUCGGCGCUACAACGGUUGGCGUCUGGUUUUCCGGCUUGGUUUAUGACCCUAACGACCCAAUUCCUGGACGUUCCCCAUGUCCUUUUCUCUACCUGCAUUUUAUGCGGCGUGUGAUGCACGCGCUUGUUCUGCUUGUUUGGACAUCGAUACCAUCUCAUCAUACCCUAUCCAAACGUCCCCUCUUGGGGAGUUUGACAAUACCCCCUUUCCCAUUUAGGCGCACCUCGUAUCUUGGCUUUGACUUGUACUGGCUUGAUUUUCUUGUUUGAUCGGCAAUCUGUUUGCCAACAGCACAAUGGUUGGCUGUUUCUCUCAUGCUAUCUCGUACAAGCUCCGAUUUGUUGAGAGAGAAGAAAUAGGUGUUACGAGACGAGGUCGCGCCCUCUGGGCGAUUUAGUUUUUUGUUGGUCGUGUUUCUGCGCUUUUUGGCCUAUACCACUGGUACUU